GCGGAGGUGAAGGAGAAGCGGGCCCACGGCACGGACGCCAGCAAGGACGCGAGCAAGGGCAAGAACACGACCCAGAGCAAGGCCGAGGGCGGCAAGGUCAAGAACACCAUCGCCGACCUCAAGAACCUGCCGCGCACAGGGAACCACCCUGUGCUCGGCAAGCUCAACGUGUGCUACGGCACGAGUGCCUCGUGCGUCACGUACAAGGACGAGGGAGGCAAGCCACGACUUCUGGUCCAGGUCGGCUCCUCGAUGUGCGCCAAGCACGCCGAGAUGUUGGCCAAACUUCUGCAGCACGCAUGUCGGUCGGGCUGCUCGAAAGAGGAGCUCGUCUCGCAUCGUGGCACACUUCUCGCGAAGUAG